UUUAAAACACCAGUUUCCAAACGCAUGUCGUUAUAACAGCUGUCAAUGUGAAAAUUUGAUUUUCCUUCGGUUUUCGGCUAUUCGUCAGACAGAUUGUGUGAAAGAAAUUAAUCUACCUGAAAUUUUCCCUGACUUUUUUGUGAUUUUUGUCUGAUAACACUACUUAAUUAGUAGUUGAGUGAGCCAACAUGCCUGUGGACCAAAUUCAGUAUUCAGAAAGGUACACCGAUGACGUAUACGAAUACAGGCAUGUCAUCCUACCACCAGAUAUCGCCCGUCUUGUCCCAAAAUCCCACUUGAUGACGGAAACAGAGUGGCGCAACCUCGGAGUGCAGCAGAGUCCAGGUUGGUUACAUUUCAUGGUACACAAUCCUGAGCCUCAUGUCCUGCUGUUCCGGAGACCGAGAACUGACAUUCCAACUCCUGUGAAUGGAUUGGAUACAAACACCAGCUCGGCUGUGGCGGUUUGAGACUAGAUUUGGUGAUGUUGCUGAUAAAAUAUUGUUUCUAUAGUUAUUGAGUAUUGUAAAUUCCAAUUUCAUAAGAAUAAUGCAUAAUAUGCCUUAAUAUAAAACUGUGAGACAGUGUCUCUAUGUCUAAAUUUAGUAUUACCGUAUUGCAAAGGUAGAAGUACUGUUUCUAGACAAAAUUGCCUUGAAUCCCUAAACCCAAGAUAACAAAGAGUAGAAGAAGGUCCCUGAUUAUUUAUUUAGGUUGAUUCAUUGGGGAUUUCUGGCAAUUCAAGGAUGUGUUCAAACAUGGUAAUAUGGUGAAAUAUUCCAUAGCAAUAUAACAUCAAGGUAAUAAGAUGUUUUGACAGAUUAUGGUGCUUCUAUGGUAAUUUCUAUUUACAUAAGGAUACUGCUGUGAGAUAUUUUCAUUGAUUGCCCAAUAUAAGUUAUUACCUAAUUGGUGAAGAGCAAUAAUUGGUGGUUACAUUAUUGAUUUAUGUGCAAGUGUCAAUUUAAAGAUGAUGAAAACAUGAUACAAUAUUGCAUAAUUGUUUUUGAAAGAUAAUGCCUUAGGAUGUGUUUUUUUAUAUUGGUAUUUUGAAAAUAGGAAAGAUGUAUGACAUAGGCUUGGAGAUAUCAAUUAUGAACAAACACAAAUUAACAGCAAACUUAUAAAUACUUUUGUAGUCUGAAUUAUGGUUCAGUGUUCUAUCAGCAACAUUUAUAAGUGUUGACGUAAAAUGUGGCGGCUUUUAUGCAUUUAAGAGUCUAUAAUUAUUGUGUUAUUAUAUUAGUAACGAAAUAAAUUGUCACAUUUAGGUGAAUGCCUACUUAAUGUAGAGAUAUUCUUUAUGUGACGUAAUUAAAUUAUUUAUUGUAUUAGUGCCUUUAACACUUAAAAUGUGCCUAUUUCAAAGUUAAAUUGGAUCUUAUUCACUCUUCUCACAAGAUUAUUUGAGUCAUGUUUUAUGAAUAAAGAAGUGCCUUUUCCUUUCAAUUCAAUCUCCAAACAGUGGAUUGAGAAGUAAAAACCUUGCAUUAAGUUCCAUGGUACUACACAGAAAACCUUGAUUUAUGGUUAACACCAUGGUAAUGUUAUUAAAUAAAUAUCAACUAAAGGUUCUAAAAUAUGUAAAUUAUUCUUAUACGGAAGUCUGAUAAGAUCCAUUGUUAACUUUGGCUACCAAAAACAAUUUAUUAUUUAGAUGAAGAUAUCUAUGAAAGUAUGAUUCAUGUAUUGUUAUGUAUCCUAAAUAUGAGGCCUGUUUUAUGUAAGGUCUGAAAAUCCUAUGAUAGUUUUCCUAAUCAAUAAAUAUAAUUAAUCUAGAAGCCUUAUCUCAUUUUGUUGCUUUUCUUGUCAAAUAUGCAUUGGAGAUAAAAUGAUUAUAUGGGUUUUAAUCACAACUUGAUAUUUAUUGCUAAGACCCAAGAUAUAUAAUUGCUAAUGAGAUAUUAUUUUCUUCCAAAAUAGCAAUUGUCUGGCUAUUAAAGCUGUUCAAUAAUAUAAUAUUUUAUUUGUUCCUGCAUUUUUAUCGGUCAGAAAAUUAUAUUAUAUAGUUUAAAUUGAAAUAAUAUACUAAUGUAAGUACUUAUAAAACUAUGUAUUAGGUAAUAGAACUUGCAGAUAGGGUUGCCAGGUAAAUAAAACAAUAUGCUAUGCUAUCUAGAGUUUUAAACCUUGACUGUGUAUUUUAUAAAUUUUCUUGUUUUUUUUUUUAUUUGGUAAACUGUCCCAACUACACCUAGUAUUUAUGCAGUGAGUUGCAUUAUUUUUUUUACAUAGAUUUAUAAAAAAACAAUGUAUUGUGAAGAAAUUUUUAGGUUAAAUAGUAUGGAUUAAAAUAUUUACUUAUUAACAACAUUGAAGUAUUGGAUGAAAUAUUUGGUGUCACUAUCGGCAAGUUCUAAAGAAAGGAACCCUAAAGGUUGUAGUAUAUUUUAUAGUAAAUUAUAUGAGAAUGAAAACACUAUAAGUUCCUAUUUUAUAUAUGCAGCAGAUUCAAAUUACACCAGGGAGUGAAAAAAAAGAACAAAAUAUAUUGAUAUUUAUUUCUACCACUUAUGGUAGAGUUACAUUUUCUUAUGAGUUUUAUUAUGGACGCAUUGGUAGAAAUGUGUAGGGAUGUUUUCUUUAGUUUCAAUUAGCACAUGUAGUACAAAAAGGUAAAUGCCCUUAUUAUUUUAAAUUUACUUUGACUAUAUUGGUUUUUGCAAAAACUUCUGGUGUCUGGAAUGUUAUUAUUUUUUGCCUGACUUCUUAAAUAUAAAGUUUUAUAGCCAUAGCAAGGUGAUAAUGCUUGAAUAAUAAAUGCUGUUAACAAUAAGGCUGUUUACCUUAUCUCUAUUUUAUGAUUGGUUGAUAGAAUACUUAUUAAUUAAUAUUAAUUGAAAUAACUUAUCUUUAAGUUUUAACUAUCUUUGUUAACUUGAAUACAUGUUUAUACAAUA